UGUAGUAUUGGAUGGGAGAUGUACAAAUAUUGUUAGCUUUUCAUUUGUUUAAAACAAGAAGACGCUUUUUAUUAUACAACUUAACUUAAGUUUUUUAAAAAUGGGAAAUGUAGCAAAUUUCCUACGAGUUUUUUUAUUCAUACUUCCAAUCUUCAUUGGAAUACAAGCAGACGAUCCAGCAGGGAUAACGGUCAGCGAGGCCGCAGACGAACUGAUGAGGAGGUACUCGGUGAAUAGGACAGAUUUCAAUCUCGCGGUCUAACGUCCGGCGAGUUUUUCAGUUUGUUGGCAGGCGCCACGUCCCAUUUCGGUGGAGUUCUUGGACAACCUGGUGGGAGACUGCAAGAGGGAGGACAGGAACUGUUCGUGGAAAUCUGAGUGCCCGGGCAUCGCUGAGAUCUUCGAUCAUCUCGCAGUCGACGGGCAACCUCAGGGCAGAUGGAUUCAUCGAGGCACUUCCGGUGGCGCUGAACACUCUGACGUCAGCGAACUGCUCGGAGGGCGCCAGUGACGUCAUGUACCAUGGCAGACUGAAGCAAAAAACCCACCAUGGCGCAAGCCUGGGGCUACAGCAUCGGUUUUGUGACGGUCAUCAUCCUAAUCUCAAACAUCGGCGCCUGCCUGGGACCGAUCAUGCAGAAACGGUUCUUCAAACGUCUGCUGCAGUUUCUGGUUGCCAUGGGUGCAGGGUCUCUAGUCUCGACAGGUCUAAUUGUGCUGAUACCUGAGGCCUUUGAUCUAAUGGCUAUAGAGGAGAUCGGCGACGACUACGUGUGGAAGUCGACGGCCGCUGUGUUGAGUAUUUACGCCUUCUUCAGUCUGGAGCGAGUACUCAAAACUUUGAGGACACAAACAAACCAAACACAAACGAACUUCCAUCAUUCCUUGUAUGACCGAGUACCCGAAAAUAUGGAACUCCUUAGAAUUAAAUCCAUCACAGUAGACCCACCAGAUGGGGAUAUGAAGACGCCGCUGAAAAGCGUCAAGAGCAUGGAGGAGGAAGCUGAGCAGGCCGCCCACGGCCACUCCCAUGGGGGGGACGACAAGAGCUCGCUGGCGUGGAUGAUCAUGGCGGGGGACGCCCUGCACAAGGCGGUGGACGGGCUGUCCAUUGGGGCGGCGUUCACAGAGGACAUCACCCUGGGGAUGAGCAUCGCGCUGGCCAUUUGUUGUGAGGAGGUGCCGCACGAACUGGCGGAUAUAGCAAUCCUGCUGCACUCUGGCUUGUCCAUCAAGCGGUCACUCUUUGUCAACUGCCUGUCCGCCCUCUUCUGUUACGUCGGCCUUGUGAUCGGGGUAUUGGUGGGUGCAACAUCUGCCACAGCCAGUCAGUGGAUAUUUGCCGUGGCCGGCGGCCUGUUCUUGUAUGUCCCUCUGGUUGAUAUGCUGCCUGACAUGAGCAACCACCUUGACCUCCUGCUCUACCAGGGGAACGGCGAGGCCAAGGUCGUGGCUUUCCUCCACACGGCCGGUCUGGUUAUCGGUGCUGGAAUCAUCGUCCUCAUCUCCAACAUCAGCGGGUACAUCGUCGUCUAGCCCGGUGGAGCUGGGAGGUGUUUGUAAACAAAGGACAGUAACUUCCGGUGUUUUAGAGUUGCCUUUGCUUAGUUUGUUCUAUAUCAGUGGUUUUUAACCUGGGUUCGUUCGAACCCCAGGGGUUCGGAGCGUCCUGUCUCAGGGGUUCGGCGGAUGUCAAGACCAGAGGCGUAGCGACCCUUCCCGGCGCCCGGGGACAAACUUUCAAUUUGCCCCCCCCCAUAUAUUUUUUAUAUCUAUAAUGCAAAACUGCAGCUAAAAUGAGCUUUUAAUUUUUUUUUUUCAACUCAUGUUGGCGCCCCUAAGGGUCUGCGAUCGGGGACAUAUGUACCCCCCCCCCCCCCCGCCUCUGGUCAAAACACACAUCCGAUUCAUAUGAUUCAUGAUUAGAUUUGUUAGAGCUGACGAUAGAGCUAGUGUUUCUUCCAUGCUUUUUU